UUGCAUGCCUCGCCGUAUAAACCCUCCCGCAGACACUGCAGCCCGCUUGCGCUGACAGAGCAGCACACCUCCAGUAGUGAGUGAGUGAGAGCGCAGCGCAUCCCGAGUGCGCAUUAACAGACAUAUGGAAUAUUUACCACAGGCUUUGUUCUGAGAAGAAAAAAAAAACUACCCAGGAGAGUGGACUGAAGGGAGAGGAGGACACUUUUUCUCUCAGCAUUUUCUUUGAACUCUCAAGUUGGACUCAGUGAGAUCAGUUUGCUGAAUUUCAGAACCUCAAGAUGGGAGCGACAGGAUGGAGCGGGCUGCUGGUGUCUCUGUGCGCCUCCGUCCUGCUUUUGGCUGCUCUGGCGCAGGGGAAAACGGUGAAAUAUCAGACAUUUGAGGAGGACGCACCGGGGACGGUGAUUGGAAACUUGGCCAAGGACAUCUACUCCACUUCGCCUUCACCGGGAGGCUCCAGGAACAGCUUCAGGAUGAUGAAACAGUUUAACUCCUCUUUCAUCCGUCUCAGGGAGAGCGACGGGCAGCUGACGAUAGGGGAGAGGAUAGACAGGGAGCGGAUCUGCAAACACACCCUGCACUGCCUCAUCGCCUUCGACGUGGUCAGCUUCUCCAAAGAGCAGUUCAAACUCAUCCACGUCGAGGUGGAGGUCAAGGACAUCAACGACAACUCCCCCGAGUUCCCCCGAAAGGAGUCGAGCCUGGAGAUCUCCGAGAACACGGCCGUGGGCACCCGGAUCCCGCUGGACUUCGCCGUGGACGAGGACGUCGGCGCCAACUACAUCCAGAGCUACCAGAUCUCCGUCAACAGUCACUUUUCCAUCGAUGUGCUCAGCAGGGCCGACGGGGUUAAAUAUGCGGAGCUGGUGCUGAUGAAGGAGCUGGACCGCGAGACGCAAGCCUCUUACGCGCUGGAGCUGGUCGCCAUGGACGGCGGCAACCCGUCCCGCAGCGGGACGACCCGCAUAAACGUCAAGGUGAAAGACUACAACGACAACAGCCCCGUGUUCGACAGGAGCAGCUUCUCCGUGGACCUGCCCGAGGACGCGCCGGUGGGCUCCCUCCUGCUGGACCUGAACGCGGAGGACCCCGACGAGGGGCUCAACGGCGAGGUGGUGUACGGGUUCGGCCACCAGGUGCCCCCUGAGAUACGGCAACUCUUCAGGGUGGACAGGAAGACCGGGCGGCUCACUCUGGAGAGCCCCGUCGACUUCGAGAGCAAGAACACCUACGAGUUUGACGUCCAGGCCAGCGACCUGGGUCCGAACCCGAGCCCGGCCAUGUGCAAGAUCGUGGUUCAGGUGCAGGACGUGAACGACAACGCGCCGGAGAUCUCCAUCACCCCGAUGACCUCCAUCACAGCGGGGAUCGCGUACAUCACGGAGGCGGCGGCCAGGGAGAGCUUCGUGGCGCUGGUGAGCACCUCGGACAGAGACUCUGGCGCAAACGGCCAGGUGCACUGCACGCUCUACGGACACGACCACUUCCGGCUGCAGCAGGCGUACGAGGACAGCUUCAUGAUCGUGAGCACCAGCCCGCUGGACCGGGAGAAGAUCCCCGAAUACAACCUGACGGUGGUGGCGGAGGACCUGGGCUCCCCUCCUUUCAGGACCAUCACCCAGUACACCAUCAGACUGACGGACGAGAACGACAACGCGCCGGUGUUCAGCAAGCCCGUGUACGAGGUGGCGGUGGUGGAGAACAACGCGCCGGGCGCCUACAUCACCACGGUGGUGGCGCGGGACAUGGACAUGGGGUCAAACGGGAAGGUCACGUACAAACUAGCGGACACCUAUUUCACGGGCUCACCGAUUUCCACUUUCGUGUCUCUGGAUCCCGCCAGCGGCUCGCUUUACGCGCUCAGGAGCUUCAACUACGAGGUGAUGAAGCAGCUGGAGCUCCGCGUCACGGCCAGCGACAGCGGCUCCCCGCCGCUGUCCGGCAGCACCAGCGUCUACGUGCGGAUCAUCGACCAGAACGACAACGCUCCGGUCAUCACGCAGCCGCCGCUCAACAACGGCUCCGCCGAGGUCCUUCUGCCCCGGGACUCGCCCUCGGGUUACAUCGUGACCCGCGUGGAGGCGCGGGACGCCGACGAGGGCGUGAACGCGGAGCUGUCCUACGGACUCGCCACCGGCGAGCCCUCCGUGUUCUCGGUCAACAAAGCCACCGGCGAGAUCUACCUGAACCAGGUGCUCAGCCACGAGGUGGACGAGACCCUGAGCGUGACCGUGACGGUGAGCGACAACGGGAGGCCCGCGCUCACCUCCACCGCCGCGCUCCACUUCCUCAUCAUCGCGGGCUCCCCGCCGCGCGACAGGACGGUGUACCAGGCGGGCGGCGGGGACGGGGCGCGCGCGCAGUGGGACCUGUCGGUGGUGAUCAUCGUCGUGCUCGCGGGAAGCUGCACGCUCCUGCUGCUCGCCAUCAUCCUCAUCGCGACCACCUGCAACCGGCGGCGGCGGGACAAGAGCGGCGAGGACAGCGACUCCUACGGGGAGAAGGGCACGCUGGAGCGGGGCAGGAACCACGCGGGGGACAACCCGCUCCUGCCACUCCACGGAGCCGCCGGGGGAGGUGGGGGAGGAGGAGGAGGAGGAGGAGGAGGCGCGGGGGAGGUCUUUGAGGGACACUCUUACAGCAGCCAGCCCGGGGCUUUCACCCCGGCUCACCCCGGGGGAGGCGACAUGUGCUCGGCCUCAGAGGACGGCAGCGAGGUGCCCUGCGUGUAUGACUCAGACAACAACAGCAAGCUCCGCGGGAAUAAACACGAGGGCUACUCCACUCUGCCUGGGUAUGGGAACGGGAAAGAGGCGGUGAGGCCCAUCACCAUCUGGAAGGGCAACUCCUACACCACCAUCUCCGCCAGAGACCCGGCCUUCAGCGGCAAGGACAGCGGCAAGGGGGACAGCGACUUCAAUGACAGCGACAGCGAUGUCAGCGGAGACACCGGCCUGAAGAAGGACGGGGCCCUGGUUCCUCCCAUGGGCGGGCACAACGCUCUGUGGGCUUGCACCAGCGAGUGUAAAGUCCUGGGCCACUCCGACCGAUGCUGGAGCCCCUCGGCCACCAGGGCCAACGCAGCCCCCUCCCCGGCGCCGACCCUCUCCUCCUUCAACAGCCUGCCCAAGACGGCCUCGCUGCCCCGGGACCCCAACCGCAGGGACAACUACUACCAGGCCCACAUACCCAAGACAGUGGGGCUGCAGAGCGUCUACGAGAAGGUCCUCCACAACGAGUACGACUACGUGCUGGUCACCCCGCCCAGGCCGGUGAGGGUGCAGGAGAUCAGCGACGUGGCCAUCCCCGUUUACACCCCAACCCCGACGCACUGUCCCAACAACGACGCGUAGGACGGAGGAGAGACGUCUCCGCGACAUGUACAGAUUGUUCAGAGUUUUAAUUUAUGAUGCUUUGAAGCAGAGAGAGAGAGAUGUGGCUGUGUCUGUUAUGAGGAGUGUGCUUACAGAGACUCACGCUUCCGUACACAGCCGGUCCCAGAGAGAACGGGGCCCAGAGCAGAAUCUGAUUUGGGACCCUUUCAGCUGCCGCCAGUCAAAACCCAAAUGUCCCCGUUUUUAUACCUCGCAGAAAGGUGGGGUGUAAAAACAGUAAAGGUCGUAUGAUUUUAAACUCGAUGUAUAAUAUGAUUCCCAGUUAUAUUUUUGCACAAUAAAAGCAGACGUAUCACUCAUUUAGAAGAUAUCUAAAAACCCGGCUUGGUCCCUGAGCUCUUUGCUGCCCCCUGUUGGCUUUGGGAUCCAGAGCAGCUGCACAGUUAUCUCCUGCCUUGGGGUCGGCUCAGCUGUUUUAUGUGUGUUUGUCUUUAUGCAGAGAACUACGUUUGACGUCCGGUCAAUCACUCUGGGACAUUUGUUGGACAUGAAGUGUAUCAUAUGCAAGACUUGUACAUGGAGAGAUUUUAUUUUUCUAUAAAUAAAAAAAAAAACACAAUGUUAAGCAAAAAAUACAACAACAUGUAAAUACAUGUAAAUACAGAUCUUUAAGCAUGCUUACUAUUUAAAAUGCCCUCGGAAAAAUGUCCUGAUUGAGGGCCGUUGACCCAAAAUGUAUGUAAGUUGAUAAACAUGUAUGAAACCAUUUGAAUGCAAUAAUAAUUCACUGUACAGACUUUUUUUAUCAUCACAAUAUUCUGAAAAAAAAACAAAAAAAACAACAACAAUCAAAUAAACUUUGAGAUACUCUUGUGAA